UAAUUAAUCCCCUUUUCCCUGUGCUGCGGGCUUUAGUUUCACUUUCCAGUUUCAGUUUCCUCUUGCUCACAGCAAGAACACACCCACAGCUCAGAGAGCUGUUUCCCAUCCUUGGCUGAGGAUAUAAUUGCUGGGAGAGUCCACAAGACAGCAGAGAGUCAAGGCAGGUUUCUGAGGGGUCCUGCUCUGCUGAAAACCCAGAGAACUACUGCUGCCUUCAGCAGCCAUGGGGGAGAACGGUACACACAACCAGGUCAAGGAGAAUCUGCUUCAGCUGAGAUGUCACUUCACAUGGAGGCUGCUCUUCGAAGACGAUGACUUACCUGAUUUGGAAAUGAGAAUCUCAGAGCAGGUCCAGUUCCUUGACAUCAAGAACCCAGGGGGGAUGCACAACCUCAUGGCCUAUGUGAAACACCAGGAAGGUCAUGACAAGGAAGCCCUGCAGAGCCUGAAGGAAGCUGAAGCCUUGGUCCAGAGAGGGCAGCUGGACAAGAGAAGCCUGGUGACCUGGGGCAACUGUGCCUGGGUGCAUUACCACAUGGGCAACUUGGCAAAAGCCCAGACCUACCUGGACAAGGUGGAGAAUGCCUGCAAGGAGUUUGCAAGUCCCUUCCGCUACAGGAUGGAGUGUGCUGAGAUGGACUCUGAGGAAGGCUGGGCCUUGCUCAAGUGUGGAGGAAGGAACUAUACACGAGCCAUGGCCUGCUUUGCAAAGGCUCUGGAAGUGGAGCCUGAAAACCCUGAGUACAACACUGGCUAUGCCAUUGUAGCCUAUCGCCAGGACACGGAUGACAAUAAUAUUUCUCUAGAACCACUAAGAAAGGCUGUCAGGUUAAAUCCAGAAGACCCAUACAUUAAAGUUCUCCUUGCCCUAAAGCUUCAGGAUGUAGGAGAACUAGCUGAAGCAGAAACACACAUUGAAGAAGCCCUCAGCAGCACAUCCUGUCAACCCUAUAUCGUUCGCUAUGCCGCCAAAUAUUACCGCAGGAAAGGCUGCCUAGACAAAGCUCUCCAUCUCCUACACAGGGCCUUGCAGGCCUCACCGACCUCUGCUUACCUACAUUACCAGAGAGGGCUCUGCUACAAGAAAAAAAUGUCUCAACUGAAGAGGAAGACAUCCAGGAACAGACAGUCCAGAGCGCAGGACAAUGUGCAGGAUUUGGCACAGAUGGCCAUUUGCAAUUUUCAAAAGACUUUGAAACUGAGGCCCACAUUCGAGAUGGCUUACGUUUACAUGGCUGAAGUGCAGGCAGAAAUGGGCCAAUAUGAAACAGCAGAGGGAAACUUCCAGAAGGCACUGACCUCGAAGAAUCUGGUGGCUCACAUAGAGCAGGAUAUUCAUUUUCGCUAUGGCCGCUUCCAAGAAUGGCACCGGAAGUCAGAAGAUAAGGCGAUCGCCCUCUACUUAAAGGGUCUGAGAGUAGAAGAGCAGUCCUUUGCCCGGAGGAACCUACUCAACGCUUUGGAGAAAGUGACUGAAAAACGUAUUCAGCAGAAUGUUCGAGUGGUGGAGAGCAUCAGCCUCCUCGGGCUAGUCCACAAGCUGAAAGGGCAAGUGAAGCAGGCCCUGCUGUGCUAUGAGAAGGCACUGAGGCUCACUGGCGAAGUGAACUCUGAGUUUUGAAGGGCUUCACCUCUCUGAAGCUCAUAUACUCACAACUAAAUGUUCCAGCGCUCCUUCCUGGUCUCUUUCUCCAAUGCAUUUCCUCCUGCCACCUCUCUCUCACACCCCUCAUUGUCCUGUCUAGAAGGAACUUGUCCCAA